UUUCCCCCCGAUGAUGCAAAGAAACAAACAAAUGGCCCUGACGCGCACAUGGUUGCCGAUGUAGGCAGCAAGGAUGACCAGCCUGCGGCUGUCACCUGCCGGACCCUAACCUCACAAAACAAAGUCGUUUGUUUGGGUGUGUCCAGUGACAAUCCAAUUAAGGGGCCCCAGAGUGAUCGAGAUGGUGCAGCUGCAGGCCUGCUGGGCCCCGUGCCUAUGGACCGACAGCCUGAAAACCGCCUGCAAGGCGAUCAGCUUCUACACGGUGGCCGUUAGUGUGGUGCUGAUGACUUUCACCGUGUUCAACAUGCUGGGGGGCGACUCCACGCAGCUCUACAAUCCGCUGUUCGAGGCCGACGUCCGCUACUCCAUGCAAGUCGUCGGGGGCAUUUUCCUGUUGUACUUCCUGGCGCUGAUCGCGGCCGCCGGAGUGCUGGUUUACGGGCUCCAUGUGAUGGUCAGGGGGCUGAUGCUGCCCUGGAUGGCCCUGUUCGGGCUCGGGAUUCUGUUCCAGCUGGUGUUCGGGCUGUGGCUGCUGGGGGGCUACUACAUCUACAUUGAGUGCGUCCUGUACACGCUGGUGCUGUGGAGCUGGAUGGCGUACAAUGUUUACUGCUGGCUGGUGGUGCGCAGCCAAUACAGCGUGUUCGAGGUGCUGCAGUCGCCCAACAUCGAGCUGCUGUGGCCCUAGCCGGGCCCCCCAGGUUUCCAGGCUGAGUCUGUUUGAUGCCUGUCCCCCCCAUACCCCAGUCCGGCCGUUAAUAAAAGGAAACCUGCACCGCAGACACGUUUU